AUGAACAACAACGGCGCUCACCCUGAGCUUCCCUCGCCCCCCGAUGCCUCAGACUUCGCCGACGAGCUCGAGUAUGCUAAAGCCAUGAGCGAUUAUUACGCCGCUAGACAGCUGUUCUGGGGCGAAGAGGUCGCCUACUACAAGAAGAAGCACGACGAGUCUCUGGCCAAGCAGAAGGGGCACGAUGAGGAGGUGGCUCAAGCGCUCCUGACUAUCCAGCGCCUCGAUGCUGAAGAGGCCAAGCAGCGGGCCAAGGCGACCAAAGAGGCUGAGAAGAAGAAGAAGGCCGAAGAGAAGAAGGCCGAGGAGGACGAGGAUGCCAACGUUGUACAAAUCCCCGUCUAUGCAAGCUGA